CAUUUUUUAAUGGAGCUUUGUAAUGUGGUAGUGAUUCUGCAGUUUCCAAGACAAAGUGUGAAUUUGCGAAUUUGAAAGUGUUUUUAGAGGUAAUUUGUCAGCACAAAUAAUACCAUAAGUUAAUACAACGUAACCAAAAAGAAACGAAAAUGAGUAUUACUUCGGCGGCUGGAAUAAUAUCGCUGCUCGAUGAGCCGAUGCCAGAUUUGAAAGUUUUUGCUCUGAAAAAGCUGGAUCAUAUUGUUGAUGAGUUUUGGCCAGAAAUAUCCGAAUCAAUUGAGAAAAUUGAAAUGUUGCACGAGGAUCGGACUUUUCCGGAAAAUAAAUUGGCUGGAAUGGUAGCGUCAAAGGUCUUCUAUCAUUUGGGCUCUUUCGAAGACGCCCUCACCUACGCAUUGGGUGCGGGAGAUUUAUUUGAUGUUAACGCUAGGAAUGAAUAUACCGAAACUAUUAUUGCAAAAUGCAUAGACUUUUAUAUAGCCCAGCGGGUGGCAUUUAUUGAAAAUCCAAAGGAAGCUAAGCCAGUCGAUGUCCGUUUGGAGGCGAUUGUAAAUCGUAUGAUUCAGCGGUGCCUAGAUGAUGGCCAAUAUCGGCAAGCGUUGGGUAUUGCUCUGGAAACUAGGCGUAUGGAUAUUUUUGAAUCAGCUAUAAUGAAGUCGGAUGACGUUAGCGGUAUGCUGGCAUACGCUUAUAAUGUCACCAUGUCAUUGAUUCAGAAUCGUGGUUUUCGUCAUGAGGUGCUUCGUUGCCUGGUAGGACUCUAUCGCGACUUAGGAGUUCCAGAUUACGUCAAUAUGUGUCAGUGUUUAAUAUUCUUGGAAGAUCCAUUGGCCGUCGCCGAGGUUCUAGACAAGCUGACAAGGUCUUCCAAGGAAGCGAACAACUUGAUGGCUUAUCAAAUCGCUUUUGAUUUAUACGAAUCUGCUACCCAGGAGUUCUUAGGAAACGUCCUGCAGGCUCUUAAGGAAACCGCGCCCAUUCCCACUGCCUUGCCUAGUAUAUUCAAACCGCAGGGUACCAAUCCUACAACCAAGAGCGAAGAAGAGACUUCUAAAGAAGAAUCUAAAACUGAUGAAACAGAUAUCAAGGCGGAGCGCACUGUAGAAUCUCUUAAUGACUCGGAGAAGGCACAUCAAAGGAAUAUUGAAAAAUUAAUAUCAAUUCUUUCGGGAGAAGUGACAAUUGAUUUGCAAUUGCAAUUCCUCAUCCGUAGUAACCAUGCAGACCUGCAGAUUUUACGAGCAACAAAAGAGGCAGUCCGUGUUUCUAUUUGCCAUACAGCCACUGUGAUUGCCAAUGGCUUUAUGCAUGGCGGAACCACAUCGGAUCAAUUUUUACGAGACAACUUGGAUUGGUUGGCACGAGCCACUAAUUGGGCAAAACUGACAGCAACAGCUUCCCUGGGCGUCAUACACCGGGGACAUGAAAAGGAUUCGCUGGCUCUUAUGCAAAGUUAUUUGCCCAAAGAGGCCGGCCCCAGCUCUGGAUACUCUGAAGGAGGUGGCCUUUAUGCGUUAGGUUUGAUCCAUGCAAAUCAUGGCGCUAACAUAAUAGAUUAUUUGCUGCAACAACUGAAGGAUGCCCAGAAUGAAAAUGUCCGUCAUGGAGGUUGUUUGGGUCUUGGUUUAGCUGCAAUGGGCACUCACCGCCAGGACUUGUACGAACAGCUUAAGUUCAAUUUAUACCAAGACGAUGCAGUUACAGGAGAAGCUGCAGGUAUAGCAAUGGGUAUGGUCAUGUUGGGCUCUAAAAAUCCACAAGCUAUAGAAGAUAUGGUGUCAUAUGCCCAAGAAACGCAACAUGAGAAAAUUUUGCGUGGACUCGCUGUCGGGAUUUCCCUUACAAUGUUCUCUAGACUAGAGGAGGCUGAUCCAUUGAUACUUUCUCUAUCUACAGACAAGGACCCAGUUUUAAGACGUUCAGGCAUGUACACAAUAGCCAUGGCCUAUAACGGUACUGGAAGCAAUAAAGCCAUUCGAAAAUUGUUGCAUGUUGCAGUUUCGGACGUAAAUGACGAUGUCCGUCGUGCUGCUGUCACAGCCAUUGGAUUUAUAUUGUUCCGUACGCCAGAACAGUGUCCGUCAGUCGUUAGUCUUUUAGCCGAAUCAUACAAUCCUCAUGUUCGAUAUGGUGCUGCCAUGGCACUGGGGAUUGCUUGUGCAGGCACAGGCCUAAGGGAUGCUAUUGCAUUGUUGGAGCCAAUGGCUCGUUUGGAUCCGGUCAAUUUUGUUCGUCAGGGUGCAUUAAUCGCUUCAGCAAUGAUAUUAAUACAACACACUGACCAAACAUGCCCCAAAACAACAUUUUUCCGUUCGCUGUACGAUGAGGUCAUUUGUAACAAACAUGAAGAUGUUAUGGCCAAGUUUGGUGCUAUUCUGGCGCAAGGUAUAAUCGACGCUGGAGGCCGAAAUUGCACUAUAUCAUUGCAGUCGCGAACUGGUCACACAAACUUGCAGGCUGUUGUUGGUACAUUGGUAUUUACACAAUACUGGUAUUGGUUUCCAUUGGCACAUGCCCUUUCACUAGCAUUUACACCAACUUGCGUAAUUGGUUUAAAUUCCGACUUAAAAAUGCCUCAAAUGAAAUUUAAAUCGGCAGCAAGACCCUCCAUUUAUGCAUACCCUGCUCCUUUAGAAGAAAAGAAAUCGGAGGAACGCGAAAAGGUUGCUACAGCUGUUCUUUCAAUUGCAGCUCGUCAAAAACGUCGUGAGACUGCAGAUAAAAAGGAAGAUGACAAAAUGGAUGUUGACCAAGAAGAAAAUAAGGAGUCUGCAACCACUUCCAAGAAAGAAGAAGAUGUAAAAUCUGAUGAGAAAAACAAAGUGGAUGAUAAAAAGAAAAACGCGGACGCAUCCAAAAAAGAAGAUGAGAAAGAUAAAGACUCGUCUGCUUCCGACAAGGACAAGGAUAAGGACAAAAAAGAUGACAAAGAACCAAAAUUCGAAAUUCUUGAAAAUCCUGCACGCGUUAUGAGACAGCAGCUAAAAGUUUUAAGUGUUGCCGAGAAUCAGUCGUAUGUUCCUCUUAAAGAUGUAACUAUUGGUGGAAUUAUAGUGAUGCAGCACACCGGCAAGGCAAAGGAACAGAAACUUGUGGAACCCGUCGCAGCAUAUGGCCCUAAAAAUGACGACGUCAAGGAACCCGAACCUCCAGAGCCAUUUGAAUACAUAGAAGAUUAAACAGUUUUGCAAAAAAUACCGAUUUCAUUUUAAUUGAUUUCUUUAACAUAAACACAUUAGUCCAACGCUCUUAGCAGUUGCAUUGUCACAAUAUUAUAAUCAAUAUAUCACUAAUAAAAUCUUAA